GUGGCUCAUAGCCUACUUCACGAAUGUGCAUAAGACUGCUAAGUGUAUUUCUUUUUUCUCUAUGUGGAGAUCUGAAGAUGGAAUCAUACUUCUGUUUUAACUGACGUAAGUUAUCCCUCCGAUAAUUAGCAUUCCUCCUGUUCUUCAUUUUCAGAAAAGGAUUGUUUACAAAUGAUGGACCCUAGAAUUAUGCAUUCUUUCUAGACCUAUGGCUUUCAAUCACCGGCUGUAAGUUUUUUUUUAAGUCAGUGAGGCAACUCUGUAGAAACCAUCACUACCAAAUUAGCCGUGCUGCGAACUAGUCUGAAACAAAUAUAACUUGGUUCUGUUGUCACAGAACUAGUUAACUUUCUCCUUUAGGUAUUUCAAAGGAACACAAUCUUCCACCAUGUGGACAGCCAAACAAAAUGUUACCUUCCAACGAGUUUAUCGUUUUCUCAUCACCACUAACCUUUUUCAUUGCCUUCUAAACGUUCUUCAUAUAUUCAUGCUAAUAACUCCAUUGUCUGAAAUUUUUUCCAGCUCUUCAGUCGAUAUUAAUAAUUUGUGUUCAUAUAACAAAAUCCGUGCUCUAAUCGAAAAAUGGAAAUACACUUAGCAAUCAUAUGCACAUUCGUACUGUUGGCAACAAGCCAUACUUAUUGUGUCAGCGCUAAUUAUAACGCCUAGUUGUCCAGACCUCGGUGUAAAAGGUGGGGUUCGAACUCAUGAUCCAUUGGUUGAAAGUCAACUGCCUAAACCAAUAAGCCAUAGCUCCACAAAUCCGUAUUCUCAAUGUGGCAUGCUUUUUAGGUCAUAUAAAAAAAUGCAAGUAUUGCACGGUCACCAGACUUCAUCCAAUCAGAACUUGAUCUCUAAACGUUCACCGUUCUAAGUGAAAUAAUAUUUUUGCAACGUUUCUUGAAGCUGAUUUACAAGAAUACGUAAAAGGUGCCUAGCAUUUGGGGUGUAAAUGUUGCAGUGACCAAACGUACUCGGACAGUCCAGUUUAGUAUCAAUGCUUUUCCACUGUGGUUUCUAAUAUAAACACUCCCAUCCUUGAAGAUGUCAAUUAUAAAUAUAUCUUUUUCUAUACCUUUACUUGUUGUGGUUUACUUUAAAGUUUAGUUCAUUGGUAGCACAAAGUCUGUGACUUGUCAAACAUGAAAAAUAGACCGAAACUAAAAAGAAAAAGAAAAAAUUAGGGAUUAGUUGAGUGGUAAAGGUUGUAAAUUGGAUAAAGACAGCUAACUUUGGAAAAAUAAAACUUAUCCGAUCUAGGACAAUUGGAAAACGAUGACGUCACUUCUAUGAGUAGUUCUCUGUUAUCUGAUUGCAAUCAGCGUAGUCUUGUCGAGCAGUGCGAAACCAGUUGUCAGGCCAAGUCAAUUUGUCUAAAACUUGCUUCACCUAGUAGAGAAUAUUUUCAUAUUUAGAAAAAGAAAUACCAGUAAUGAAGAUUGCCAGGUUUGAUUGUACACCAAGAAAGUUCUUGAUAUUUAUGAACACUUACAAGGUCGAUGUUGGAAUACCCCUCUAUGAUAAUAGAGAAUAUCCCUUUUGAUUCAGUGUUAAAUGGUUUUAGGUAGUCAACAAGGAAGCUCUGGGCCUAGGUUUCGUGCUUUUUGUAACUCGUUAGCAUGGCGUUUCUGCAACCUCGAGGGAAUUGAUGUCUUUUGAGAGGUUCGAACCCACAUCACGUAGUGCUACAGUUAGAGACUUUACAACUGAACCAUUCAAACUGCGAAUGACCUCUUUUAGGGAUGGAUUAAGUAAACCGUUGGCACACUGAAAAGGAACAAACCUGAUACUGACUUCAGUAUUGCAGUGAUAUGAUUAAUGAGGCUGUUGAAGGUUAUGUUGUUAGUCAAAGAGAGAAGAUCCAAGAAAGUAGUGACUAUUACAAACAGCUUGAUAGCUCAGUUGAAGUCAAAGAAAAUUUAUUAGGAAUUAAUCAAUGGCUCAUACAUGAAAGACGUUGAUGUUGAUUUGAAGAAGAAAGUGAAGCAAGCUGUCAACAUUGAAAUCGCUAUGACUGAGUUAGGUUUCAAAUCCACUUGUGGCAGGAGUGGACUAUACCACUUUCACCGGUGGUGACUGAAUGCAAAGUAGGUCUUGGGAGCUAUAAGGACCAGUAUUGAAUAUUUUGUAUACGCCCACCCGCCUUACUUGUGUUAACCUUUAAGCCCCAUUAACGUGUCAUUGUAUUAGUCCCCCAUCUUCUUCAUACUUAUACAUUCAUUAUGUUGACAAUUUUUCUGUACUUGUUUGUAAAUCAUUUUUACUUUACUGUCAUCGUGCCUUUUCCUGGAUGACUUUAAAGGCCACCUUAACAGCUGAUGAGAAAGCCAAUUGCAUUCCUUUAUUUUAUGGUGACAUACUUUUCAAGACGAAAUACCAAAGCCUGUUUGGUCAUUUCACCUGUUGUUAGAGUCGCCUUUAAAGUCACUCCCUUUUCCUAUUUAUGACCUUUAUUCUUGAAGGCUACCUUAAGGUCUUCGAUUGAUUUACAUAUUAACGUUUGCAGGAUGAACUCCUAAUUCAAACUGUACAUUUUUGUCCAUUUAUUUAUUGUCAUCAUAGUUAUCACUUGUGUUUACUGUAGCGUUUAAAAUAAAUCUCAGUAGUUCUAUUCUGAACCUUUUGGGCUUUUCACAUCACUUGGCUUGGGGUUUCCCUUAUCGUUAUUUUAGAUUCGUCCCAAAUAGGACGAAACGCUCGCCUUAGACUCCUCGGCUAACCACAACUAAGUCGAUUAUACCGAUAAAUAUUCAGACAAUAUCGAGACAUUUGCAUAGGAGCCGGUAUGUCAGCAGAGGUCGAACGAUUAGAUCGAGUAAAAUAUCGGAGGAUUGGAAGUAUAUCAACAAAUAGUAACAGCAUGGAUAAUUUUUAUAAAGGAAACACAUAUGGAGUCCAUCUGUUCACACUACGGUACUGUAUUUCCAAAGGUCAAGGGGUUUUACAAGCAGUUAAAUCGUGUAGGAUAAUAAAUAACUCAAACAGGUUUAUGGUCUUUAGAAACGUGCAUACAAAGGAGGCCUAAUAUUUUGGUUGGUAUCCAUAUCCAAAUACCCACUAGCAAUCAUGCUAAAAUUGUGUCUGUCAGUAAUGUAGCAUUGGGAAUUGUACUUACCCAUUUCCUAUGAGUGUUGCCUACUCGUUGGAAUCUUCAUAAAUAACCUGGUUUGCGACACGCUAGUGUGUAUGUUUUUUUUAAUUUCCUUCAGUUUAACAACCUAGGAUUCACAUUGAUGUUCAGGGUUCUAUAACUCCCAGCAGUAGUAUAUCAAUUCAUGGGUAUUACAGGUUAUUCUGCAUUCCUUAUUGAACUUCAUAAACCGUACUAAAAUUCAUCAAAGUUCAGUUAAGUCUUGCUAAAAAUUUACCUGAUAACGAUACUUUUCUUCUUUUAUUAUAAAAUUGUUGUAUCUGCUUGAUUUUCAGUCAAUUUACUCGUAUAUCUCUUCACGUUCCGACAUCACUUGAACACUAUCUCUAGAAGUCAAUUAUUUGACAAUGGCGGUAACGUCUGAAGCAGUUAGAAUGCACCAAAAUUCAGCUCAAAAUAGUUGGACAGUCAUCAGGUGUAUAAGCAAGAUUGCUUUUAUUCUUGUUUUCUUGUCAGUCGUAAGUCUGUUAACUCUUACUAUUUUGUUCCUAGGGUCUUUCUACGGGAAUCUUAGGACCAAGUAUUCUUUAUUUGGAAAUAUUGUCUGGUUCACGAGAGGAUGAAACUGCUCUUAUCUUUACAUCACGAGCUGUUGGGUGUAUUGGUGGUUGGAUAGUUAGUUGUCUGUUAUUGGACCCAGAAGGCUCUAUUAAACCAAACGAUUUGCUAAGUAUAGGACUUUUUGGUUUAGUAGUAUCCAAUGCACUUAUCAUCUUUGUUGCACAUCUUUGGUGGGUUUUGGCGGUAUUCUUCCUUCAGGGUUUAUUUGCAACAGUUUCUUUACAAGGGUGUAUUUAUUAUCAUCGAUAUAAGAAGAAAUGGUUACACAGUAUACCACAAUAUUUAACAGUAACUUUUUUACUCGGUUGUAUAUUUACUCCUUAUCUGAUCUUAUUCAUUGAACCAACGUCUAAUACAAUCAAAUCAUUAGGAGUUCGUCCUAGUUUCAUAUUUCAUGAAAUUCAUUAUCAUCAUCCAAAUAAUCAUUUAGUCGACAACAAUCAGUCUAAAAUUCAUUCAAUUCGAAUAAUUGAAAAUAAUAAACAAAAAACUUAUCAACUUAUUCGUAUUCCACGGUAUAUUUCAAAUACUACCAUUAUAUUACCAAAUAGAUCAACUAUACAAACACUAGAAACUAUUGUACACUUUAACAAUACUAGUAAGAUUGAUAAUAUUUAUAUAAAUUUACAAAAAUCUAAUUUAUCAUCAAAUAAGAUGAAUAUGAAUAAGACAAUAUUGAAUAGUCAAAUAAAUACUUCACAAAUUAUAUUUAUCAAGAAACCAUUAAUUAAUGAUGCUAAACAUUUGAAUCAAGAUAGUUCAUCUGCAGAUGGUAGUCAAGCUGCAUAUAAAAUGAAAAAACUUAGUGAAGAACGUCAAAUUGAUAAAUUGGUUGAUGAUACUACCAUUGAAAAAUCAUUAUCAAUUAAUCCAUCAAAUCAAUUAAAAGAAUCUUUCAAUCAAAAUUAUUCUAACACUACUAUUACUACUACUACUACUAUUACUAAUAUAUUGUUGAAUACUUCAGUUUUCAAUCUUACUAACCAAUCCUUAAUUAAUAAUAAUAAUAAUAAUAAUAAUAAUAAUAAUAAUAAUGGUAAUGAAAACUCUUCAAAUCAUUUCAAUUCAUCAAUUAUACAUUUUUCAGUUGAUUUUUAUAAUAUAUCUAAAGACUCUUUAAAAAAUUCUACUUUAUUCAAACAUCAUAAUCUUAAUUCAACUAUUAAUAAUAACUAUACAAAGAAUUCAUUGAAACCAAUUAAUGAUAAUAAAGUAAUAUUCGGUAUUUUUAAUUUAACAAAAAAUGAUCUAUCAAUGAAUAAUUCUUCUAUUCAUUUAACAUUUCAUAAACUUUCAUUAAUAAAUCAGAUAAAUAAGUCUAUUGUUCAUGUUCUAAUGGCCACCAAUAGUUCAACUAAUCAUAAACGUCAUCGUAUUGCAGAAUAUUCAUUGGAUAAAUCAUAUCAUAUUUUAGUAUUACCUUUUCAGCAUCCUUUAACAUCUAUUCAACGAGUAUAUUUAUUAUUGAGUAUUAUAAUAAUAAUACCUUGGAUAUUGACAAUUCCAUUGACAAGUUGGUGUAAAUCAUUGUUUAUACAUUUUUUUGGUCUUCAAAUUAUCGAUGAUAAUGAUACUAGUCUUGAACUUAAUACAAUUUUUAAAGUUUCACCAUCCAAUAUACAACGAUCAAAUUCUGAUGAUAGUCAUAAUGACUCUGAAGAGGGGAUUAAAUCAAGGCUACUUGGAAAAUCAGGUGGUGAUAAUGAUUCCGAUUCAGACGAAUUAUGGAAUAGACGAAAUGUUAGUCACAUUAAUGAAGCUAUACGCUAUUAUUCAGAUUCAGAGUUGAUUAAUGAUGAUGGUGAUAGUGUUGUUACCGAGAAUAUUUCCUCCGAUUACACUUCAUCGAGGAUUACAAAACAUUCAAGUCUUGAUGCUCAAAACUCUCUUACUCAUGAUAGGAUAAUUGAUCAGUCUGUAUUCGAUACGAAUUGGCCUACUAUUGAAUGGCCUUCAAAUUUUUGCCUGUUAUUAGCGGUAUUCAUCAAUAGUGGUUUGGAGACAACUUAUGGUGGUUUUGUCGCUAGUUUCACUUUACGUUAUCUCCUUUGGUCUCCGACAUUAGCAAUAAUUGUUACCAGUUUAUUUUGGUUCGGUGAUCUUGUCGGCUAUUCAAUCCGUUUGGGGAUAAUUAGUAUAAAGUGGCCAGAUUUACAUGACACUAUUCCAUGUGGUUCAAAUACUCAUGAAUCCUGUAAACGUAAAUUUUCUAAUAGAAAAUUUCGUCGUAAUCAAAUCAAGUGUUCAAAGCCUUCAAUAAUUACAAUCAUACAAAUAUGUGGAUGUUUUAUCUGUAUAACUAGUGCUAUUGCAUUGACACAUUUAUCAAUGUCAACUGGAAGAUGUUCUACUGUGUUAACUAGUUCCUUAUCUCAUCCUUAUUUAAUAUGGUUUAUUGGAAGUUUUUGUUAUGGUAUUGGGAUUGGUUUAUCAUCUGCUUUUUCUGGUACACUUAUGACACCUCAUAUUACAUCAAAUUUAUUCUUUGAUAAUUAUUCCUAUGAUAUACAAUUGGCUUAUUAUUUUGGCCAGUUAUUAAUGCCAGCAAUGAUAGCUAUGCUUCAUCAUCAAGCCUUAUAUUGGCGUUAUUCUUGUGUAUUUAGUAUGGCUGUUUUAUGCUUAAGUAUUCUACUUGGUUGUACACUGAUUAGUCAAUUUAUUAUUGAGACUAUAAGAGAGAAACGUGAACACAAUCAGUUACAAUUGGUUAAUAAUGCUCAAAAUCUUAAUGGAUUGUCUUUUUCAAGUACGAAACACAUGAGUAGAACAGGGAUCAGUUUAGAUAGUUCUAAUGAGUAGAAUAGUAGUAAUAGUAAUCGUAGUGGUAUAUGUCUUUCGUCAAAUUCAUUUGUGGUAUUCUUCCCCUUCUUUUUAUGUUUUGCUUCUUUUUUUUUUAUAGAAACAUUUUCCUGUAGUGAUAAAUUUAUUGCAUUUCUUUAUUUUGUACUCUUGUGUGUGAGUGCGACUGCGUUUGGAUGCACCCCAAUGAUCGCCCCCCUUAGUAAUUCCCUUAUGGUAAAGGUGUUUCUAUGGGCCACGAUUACUGAUUUAUUUUCAUAGUUUAUGUGCAAUUUUUUUUUUCAAGGAAUUUAUCUGGAUGAAAUUUUGUUUCUAUUUUGUUUAAGUGAGCUCUGAAUAAAUUUUUUUUAACUUUAUGCUGUUUGUGUCUUUUUUUAAAAUAUAUUUCUCUAAUGGCAACUCUGGAAGUCACCCCCCCCUAUAACUACUACUGAGAUAACCAAUCAGAUUUCAGUGUAUUGUGAAAAAAACAUAUUUCCAAUUGAAAUAAACAAGCCUAACUGGUUAUUUUAGAUUAGUUGGUAGGCUGGUUACC